AUGGCGGUGGAGUCGUCUUGGUGGCCGCUGUCGCCUUGGCUCAGCCCCGCCGCGGCGUGGCUCGUCCUAUUCAGCGCGGUGGUCGGUGCUGUCGUCCUGAUGUCGUCCCGGGGGCACAGUGCGCCGCCGCCGUCGACCGGGCGCCGCAGCCUCACCCGCAGCGCGUCGUCCAUGGUGCUAGAGCGGCUCAGCUCCUUCUCUGUCUUCUCCGUCGUCCUCCCGGUCUCCGGCGUGCGAGGGGACGUGGACAGCAUCACCGCAAGUCCACCGAGCGAGACCAUGUUGACGCCGGCGGCGGCUGAGCACGCCGCAGCGUCGGCGACACGGGGUGCAGAGGCGGCGGAGGAGAGCCCCUUGGCCGACGAGGCGCACCCAGACCCAGUGGUGGUCAGUCCUUCGCAGCCGCCACAAGCAGCCGCCCUUGCCGGCGAGGCGGCUUCUUCGGAGGAGGAGGAGAGGCCGAGCAAGAGGAAGGAGCUGGCGGCGAAUGCCACCGUCGUCAAGCGGCGCGGGCGCGCGUUCGCGGAGGAGGUAGAAGGGAAGGCGGAGGUGAACGCGCGGGCGGAGAGGUUUAUCCGGCAGUUCCGGGAGGAUCUCAGGCUGCAGCGCCUCAUGUCCGUCCUCAACCGCACCCACACACUCAACGGCGGCGGCGGCGGUUCACCCGCACCGUAG